CCAGUCCAGGGAUAUUAAAUCUCUAGAGGCGCCUCCGAACCUACCACCAUACAUCAUACACCACCACCAACACCGCACGCCAAGAUUGCUCUGCUCCGCUCCGCCCCCGCUAACUCUUCUUGGCUUCUUGCCGCCGUGUCGCGCGCAGGCAGAGGGAGGGAGGCACGGGCAGGUGAGAGAGGCGCGCAAAGAAGCGGGAGCGAGCAAGUGUACGGAGAGGGAGCGAUGGGGGACUCGGCGGCGCCGGCGCCGGCGGCAGGCAGGCUGGAGAAGAGCUACUUCGACGUGCUGGGCAUCUGCUGCCCGUCGGAGGUGCCGCUGGUGGAGAAGCUGCUGGAGCCGCUCGCCGGCGUGCACAAGGUCACCGUCGUCGUGCCCUCCCGGACCGUCAUCGUCCUCCACGACGCCGCCGCCAUCUCCACCGCCCAGAUUGUGAGGGAGCUGAACGGGGUGAGGCUGGAGGCGUCGGUGAGGGCGUACGGCGGCGCCGGGCAGAGCAAGGUGUCCAACAAAUGGCCCAGCCCCUACGUGCUCGUUUGCGGGGUCCUUCUGGUGGUCUCGCUCUUCGAGCACUUCUGGCGGCCGCUCAAGUGGUUCGCCGUGGCGGGGGCGGCCGCGGGCCUGCCGCCGAUCGUGCUCAGGAGCGUCGCCGCGCUCCGGCGGCGCACCAUGGACGUCAACAUACUCAUGCUCAUCGCAGUUGCUGGGGCCAUAGCUCUCAAGGACUAUUCUGAGGCCGGGUUCAUCGUCUUCCUCUUCACCAUAGCCGAAUGGCUCGAGACCAGGGCCUGCGGCAAGGCCACUGCUGGCAUGUCGUCACUGAUGAGCAUGGCACCACAAAAUGCUGUUCUGGCAGAGACUGGACAAGUGGUUGCUACCCAGGAUGUGAAGAUCAAUACAGUAAUAGCUGUGAAGGCAGGGGAAGUCGUGCCGAUCGAUGGUGUUGUUGUUGAUGGACGGAGUGAGGUCGACGAGAGCACCCUCACCGGGGAGUCCUUCCCUGUGUCCAAGCAGGCAGACUCCCAGGUCUGGGCUGGCACACUCAACAUAGAUGGUUACAUUGCUAUGAGGACAACUGCUAUGGCCGACAACUCUGCGGUGGCCAAAAUGGCAAGGCUGGUCGAAGAAGCCCAAAACAGUCGAUCCAGUACGCAGAGGCUGAUCGACACUUGCGCCAAGUACUACACACCCGCUGUUAUUUUCAUGUCUGCAGCAGUGGCAGUGAUCCCUGUGUGUGUCAGAGCACGCAACCUAAGACACUGGUUUGAACUGGCCCUAGUUCUCCUGGUGAGUGCUUGUCCAUGUGCUCUGGUGCUGUCGACACCUGUGGCAACCUUCUGCGCGCUACUGAGGGCCGCGAGGACCGGGCUCCUCAUCAAAGGAGGGGAUGUCCUUGAGUCCUUGGCCAGUAUCAAAGUUGCUGCCUUCGACAAGACUGGUACAAUCACUAGAGGCGAGUUCUCUGUCGAGGAGUUUCAGACAGUUGGUGAGCGUGUUUCGAAGCAACAACUUAUUUACUGGGUUUCAAGCAUCGAGAGCAGGUCGAGCCACCCAAUGGCAUCUGCUCUUGUUGGUUAUGCUCAAUCAAACUCUGUAGAGCCAAAAUCAGAAAAUGUUGCUGAGUUUCAAAUCUAUCCUGGCGAGGGGAUUUACGGUGAAAUUGAUGGAGAGGGCGUAUAUGUUGGGAACAAAAGGAUCUUGGCAAGGGCAUCGUGUCAAACAGUUCCAGACAUAGUAGAACACAUGAAAGGAGUUACCAUCGGAUACGUGGCCUGCAACAAGGAAUUGAUUGGGGUAUUCAGCCUAUCGGAUUCAUGCCGAACUGGGUCAGCCGAGGCCAUCAAGGAGUUGAGAUCAUUGGGCAUAAAGUCAGUGAUGCUUACUGGCGAUAGUACUGCCGCUGCCACACAUGCGCAAAACCAGCUGGGGAACAUACUAGCCGAGGUUCAUGCUGAACUUCUGCCAGAAGACAAAGUGAGAAUUCUUGAUGAACUGAAGGCAAGAGAUGGCCCUACACUGAUGAUUGGCGACGGCAUGAAUGAUGCCCCAGCACUGGCUAAGGCUGAUGUUGGAGUCUCCAUGGGUGUGUCCGGUUCAGCCGUCGCAAUGGAGACGAGUCACAUUACUCUGAUGUCGAAUGACAUCCGCAGGAUCCCAAAGGCUAUCAAGCUGGCCAGGAGGACACACCGGACCAUCGUCGUGAACAUUGUCUUCUCGGUGACUACGAAGCUUGCAAUUGUUGCACUUGCGUUUGCCGGGCAUCCGCUUAUUUGGGCAGCAGUCCUUGCUGAUGUUGGCACAUGCUUGUUGGUGAUCAUGUACAGCAUGCUGCUACUGAGGGAGAAAGGCAGUGGAAAGGUGGCGAAGAAAUGCUGUGCUUCUUCUCACUCAAAAAAGCAUGAGCAUAGUACUUCCCACCACCACUGCUCCAAUGGUCAUCAGCAUGAGCAUGUAUCUGCAGGCAAGCAUUCUUGCCAUGAUCAUCACCAUGAGCAUGAUCACCACAAAGAGCCUAGCAACCUGCAUUCCACAGACAAGCAUGGCUGCCAUGAUCAUCACCAUGAGCAUGAUCACCAUAAAGAGCCGAGCAACCUGCAUUCCACAGACAAGCAUGGCUGCCAUGAUCAUGGCCAUGGCCAUAGCCACUGCAAAGAGCCGAGCAGCCAGAUGGUGACAAGCAAGCAUGUUUCCCAUGGGCAUGGCCAUACCCACAACAUCUGCAACCCUCACCCCACUGCGAACAAGCAUGAUUGCCAUGACCAUGAACAUAGCCACCACCAAGAACCCAACAGUUCACAUUCUGCCGAUGAGCAUGAUUGCCAUGAUCACAAGCACUGUGAAGAACCAAUCAGCUUGCUUUGUGCCACUGAGCAUGCUUGCCACGACCAUGAGCAGAACCAUGAGCAUCAUUGCUGUGAUGAAGAGCAAACAGUGCAUGUCGCAGAUACGCAUUCCUGCCACGACCAUAAGCAUGACGGCAGUGCGGCUGAUCCAGUUCCAGAGCUGUCGAUAUCUAUCGAGAGCGCAUUGCCUGAUCACCAUGAGCAGGAAAUCCAGUGCAUCAAAGAACACAAAGAGGAAGCGUGUGGACAUCACCUGAAGGUCAAGGAUCACGUCCCGGCUCCGACGGAUUGCAGCAGGGGAAACUGUCACAGUACGGAGAGAAGCAAGGGAUGUGAAUAGUGGCGAAGCUAGAAAUUUUGUGAAGCCUGGGCAAACUUGAGCCUAAGUAUAAAAUAACUCCAAACAUCUGAGUUUGGUCCAAGGAGGGUGAGAGGGGGGAGGGGGCAUAGGCCCCCUCGGCCUCAACAUAGCUCCGCCAGUGAAUAUGAAGUCAAAAUAUAAACAUAGUAGUCGUGCAAAUGUAAUUUUUAAGUAAAUUAUUAUAUAACAUAUUAAUGUUCUUCAUCGAACAAAAUAAAGUUGAGACUUAGACAACAUAAGUCUUAGAAUGAGGCCAUGCAUAGGACCAAAUCCCAUAGGUCUCGGGGUCCCAUCCACCCUUCUACUAUCGGUUUCCGGGUGUGAGCCAGAUGUAGAGCUUGGAUUUGAAUAUUGCUUUGACACCAUGU